CCGGAGGAGUCUCAGAGGGUCUCGGGCCUCCACGCUCCCCAGGCCCUGAAGUCCCGGGAAGUUGCAGCCGGGCUGGGGGCUGCUUUGUUGUCCACGUCUGCCUCCGCUUUCGUGAUAAGCCCAAUGGCGACCCGCCGGUGCCCGAGGAGACUUUGGCCACCUCAUGAGGUGGAGUCACAGGCCUCGCCCCCAGCAGGGUGCUCGGCCCGUUGUGCCGCCCAGUCCCCGGCGCCCAUCUCCUUGGCCCAGCUCGAGAUUCUGAGGGAAGACGGGAAAGUAGGUGGAGGGUGAGAGCUGUACUGUCCAGCCUGAAACUUUGAAAUCGAACAAGAGCGUCUCCCACAUCCACCGCCCCUACCUCCCGUGACUUGCAAGGGGUAUUUCUUAACCACCCCCCGCGCUCCAGAGAUUGAGCUGAUGAAGGGACUCAAUCGAUCCCCCGCCACAGCCCGCUUGCGGGGUGACAGGCACCCCCCUCCAAGGGCACCCGAAUGCAUCUUUCUCUCCGGCUCAGGGGCUGUUUCUUUUGGUGAAGUCCUUCCUGGGGAGCGGUGUUGAGGGUUCCCGCUCCCUGAAGCCAGGAUCCAGGGCAACUCCAUGCUCGUGGGGGCGUCGGCAGGGCGCUCUAAUGCAGGCAAAGGAAGGAGAGGUCCCUGGCCCUCUGGGCUCCCGAUGCAAGCCCGCGGUCGGGGCGGAACGCCUGCCCUGGCCCUCGCUGGCCCUGAGCCGGACCCUCUCCCGGCAGGAGUUAUUGCGCAGUUGCGGGUGCCGGCGGGGCGGAGACAGACACCGAGGUCGGAGAGGACCGCCGGUCCGGGUGACCGAGGUGCGGGUGAUGGUUCCCGCUGCAGCCGUGCCGCGCCGCGCCGCCCCGCGGGAGCCCGGGGUCCGCGCCAGGACCUGCGGUUCAUUCGCUUCUCCCUUUUGCUGCUUCUCGGCAGCGGCCCCUGAGGGCGCAGUGACGCAGGGGCUCCGCGGGAGCCACACACCACGCGGGGCGGAGGGGUGGAGGCAGAGGAUCCUGAGGCUCACCCUCGUCUCCCCCAACUCCGCCGCCCACACUCCGCUCCUCGGCUCGCCUUCCCCACUCCCUUCCGCCUCGCCGGCGCGUCCUCGCUGCCUCUCCGUGGCCUCCGCUCCUUUCACCCUCUGCUCCCGCCUGUCGCAAUCGCUGUACAAAGGGCCGGGGGGCGGGAGUCGGGGGGCGGGUGAGGGGAGCCGGGCGCGAACUGGCUGCCUCUGCGGGGCCACGGCCAAUCCCGAGUGCACCCUCUCCCUGCUCCACGGGAGGGCCCUGGGCGGCCGCCGCGACCGGGCGGAGCCGCGGGCAGAGCGGGGAGCAAGCCGAGGGGCGUCCCCGCCGCGACCGCCCGCCGGGGGCUCUCCAGCCUCGCCAUGCCACCGUGGGGCGCCGCCCUAGCCCUGCUUCUGGCUGCGCUCGCCCUGCUCUGCCUGCUCGCCCUGCGGCUGCGGCGGCCCGGCAGGCGCGCCGUCGGAGCGAGGACCCUGCCAGGGGCGCGGAGAGAAGAUCACGGGGAGGAGGUGGACGGCGGAGGCCCCGCGGGUCAGUUCAGCGACGGGCGGGAGCCGUUGCCCGGAGGCUGCAGGCUCAUCUGUAAGCCGUCGGCGCUGGCCCAGUGCCUACUGCACGCUCUGCGACGCUCGGCCGCGCUGGAGCCGGGCCCGCGCCCCUGGCUGUCCGGGCCCCACCUACAGACCCUCUGCCACUUCGUGCUGCCGGUGGGGCCGGGGUCCGAGCUGGCCCGGGAGUACCUGCAGUUGGCAGAUGAUGGGCUGGUGGCCCUGGACUGGGUGGUGGGACCUGUCGCCCGGGGCCGCCGGGCCACCAACGCCGGGGGCCUCCCGGCGGUACUGCUGGUGAUCCCCAAUGCCUGGGGGCGCCUCACCCGCAACGUGCUCGGCCUCUGCCUGCUGGCCCUGGAGCGCGGCUACUACCCGGUGAUCUUCCACCGGCGCGGCCACCACGGCUGCCCACUGGUCAGCCCCCGGCUGCAGCCCUUUGGGGACCCGUCCGACCUCAAAGAGGCCAUCACUUACAUCCGCUUCCGACACCCCGCGGCCCCGCUGUUCGCGGUGAGCGAGGGCUCGGGCUCGGCGCUGCUGCUGUCCUACCUGGGCGAGUGUGGCUCCUCCAGCUACGUGACCGGAGCCGCCUGCAUCUCGCCCGUGCUACGCUGCCGCGAGUGGUUCGAGGCCGGCCUGCCCUGGCCCUACGAGCGGGGCUUUCUGCUUCACCAGAAGGUCGCCCUCAGCAGGUACGCCACGGCCCUGGAGGACACAGUGGAUACCCGCAAACUGUUCAGGAGCCGCUCCCUGCGGGAGUUUGAGGAGACCCUCUUCUGCCACACCAAGAGCUUCCCCAUCAGCUGGGACACCUACUGGGACCACAACGACCCCCUCCGGGAUGUGGAUGAGGCAGCGGUACCUGUGCUGUGCGUCUGCAGUGCCGACGACCCCGUGUGCGGGCCCCCAAACCACGUUCUGCCAACUGAACUCUUUCACAGCAACCCCUACUUCUUCCUUCUGCUCAGCCGCCACGGGGGCCACUGCGGCUUCCUGCGCCAGGAGCCCUUGCCCGCCUGGAGCCAUGAGGUCACCUUGGAGUACUUCCGGGCCUUGACUGACUUCUUCCGGACGGAAGAGAGGAUGAAAGGGCUCAGCAGGCGCCGAGCUUCCUUCCUAGCAGGCAGGCGUCGUUGGGCAACCCUGCCGAAGCGGGAGGUCUCCCCGUCUUCCAGUCUGGAGGAGAUCUUUAGCUGGAAGAGAUCCUAUACACGGUGAGACCUGACCUGAGAAGCCCCUAGCCCCUCAAGGAAGAAGAGAACUGCGCAUGGCUGAGUCCUUACCAGGCAAUGAGGACGGAACGUGGCCAGGCCGCUGCAGCCCUUUGCCCCUGGUCCAGCCCCUCUCUUAAACUGGUCUGUGGAAAGAGAUGGAACCCCCCCGCCCCGGAAGCUGGCGUUCACUGGCCCCUGACGAGAACUCCUGCCCAGACCCUGCUCUGCACAUGCCAACUCAUCCUGGUUCAGCAGCGGGGCAUUGCCCAUCACUGUCCCCUGUCAUUGACUUCAUAAGCCAAAGAAUAGCACCAUUUAAGUCCCUGGACUUUAGAGAAAAUACUCGCUCACUAGCAAUGACACAGAGAAGAUGAGUUUUUGUGAGCCAUUGGGUAGGUCUGCCCUACAGGUUCUCAAGCUGGAGCCACUUGAGGUAGCGGGGACAGACAGGAUGUUUGUGUCUUGGUCCCACUUCCCUCGUUUCUUUUUUUCUGCGGCUGUGGCUCUCCGCUGACUUCAUGUGGUGACAGUUGUGGAAGCGGCUCACAGAGCCCUGUGGCUGUGUCAGUGAAAAAGGCCCGGAGGCGGCUAGUGCUGUGCUGAGACUAGGUUGGGGAGGCCAACAAGGCGGAGAACGUGAACACCUGCGUCUGGAACACUAAGGUCCAGCUUUUGGAUGAGUUCUGCAAGUCUUGAUUGGGAGUCGGGGGCUGAUCUGGGGCUUCAGCCUAGGACCUCAAGACUCACUGGGGGAUAUUCCAGGGGUGAUUAAGAAUAGGAGAUCCUCACAGGGUGUGCUUGACCAUGGCUCAAGGAGCCAGGCUUUCAAACAUUCUAGGUGCUCCUUCCAGUACCAUUUUGGGAGAUUACUCCAAAGAGCUCUAGCGAGAGGUGUUUUUCUCUAGAGAUGUGAGCUUUCUCUAAGUGGUAAAAGUAUAAACCUCAUAUCUUAGGUGAGUUUUUUUGGUUAGUUGCCCUCUUCUGACACUGUUGCUAGCCUUUCCCUCUUCAGAGCCUAGAGAGACAUCUGGUACCAGAGAAAACAGAAGUUCCAAGAGAUUGACUGGAGCUGACUCAGUGAUUUAUGAAUAUUUCACAUGAUCACACCUUUUCUGCUCAAUUAUUCAAAAGACUAUCUAUCCAUGUAGAUGAAGAAAAAGCUUUCCCCUGGAACUGGCCACGUACUGACUGAUAAGCUCGGUGUUUUUAGGACUAAUGCUGAAGAUUAGAGUAAAAUAAGGUAUUGUGUGGAGUGACCCACACAACUUGGUUUGGAUUAAGCCAUUAAGCAAUACAGUAGGACAUCCAGUCCGUCCCCUCCCCCGCAAAAAGGAAAGCUUUGCCCAGAAGUCUUAAUUGGUCAUCAAGAAAGCACAUGUUUCUACAAGAGGCUCCAUCCUGGCCUCACAAACAGGAAAGCAGUUUUAAGAAGGAGAGAUGUUUACCAUGUCCUAAGGCUUGGGAUCAGAGAAGGCAAUGGCACCCCACUCCAGUACUCUU